GUUAUUGUAGUCAGACUUUAUCGCUAUGCGUAACGAGCGGACCCCAGAUGUCAAAAAAAAAGAAAUUUGUGCUGGCUAUCAAAAUACUGUAAGGAGUGAUUAGCACUACAGUCAAUUUCAAGAACACGAUCAAAUCAUAACAGAAGCAGCCUUACCAUCGAUAGAAUAAAUCAAUAGGAAAAGAAUCGGGGUAUUGGAGUAGAAUUGUUUGUUUGUUUGUUUGUGCUGAGAUUGAAAUUGUUUGUCUAUCUCCUAUCAUGACUUCCUUACAAUCCGAUAAAGACCAAGCUACAAAUCUUGAUACAGCGAUUAUCAACUAUCUUUGUGAUGAAGUAUUUCCUACCUUCUCUAUCGAUAGGAAGACCUUAAACGAUUGGCAGAUUGAGUUGAUUGAUUGCUUCCAAGAUUAUGGCUCGUUAUCAAAUAGUGUGGAGAAGUUAAUCCUCUCCAUUGAUGAAUAUGAUAAAGGCAUUAAUUUAGAUGUGGAGAGUUUUACUACUUUGAUUAACAAAUUAAAUGAAUUGGAUGAAGAGACUUAUCAUGAUUUCCAAAUCAUAGUUCUUGAAUUGCUUUUAUGUGUCUUUUCAAUGAUUUACAAUUUGAAAAUAAGAUUACAUAAAUUAGGGUUUCACCAGUUGCUAAUUGAAAGCUUCCUUCACCAUCUUUCGACCAAGACAAAUCCAGAUGAAGAACAUAUGAUAUCAAUUAAUCGACCCUCUAUAACAAAUCAGUAUUCCAGAUUGAUUAUCACUUUCUUGGAAUUAGGAUGUGACAUUCCCUUAUUUAAAAGUUUAAUUUCUCCAUUGUACACAAACUCAAGUCCAAUACUAAAAUUAGUCUUACUAGACUUAUUAGAAAAGAUAUAUACCAACUAUCCAGCUCAUUUCCAAUUCAUUUUAUUUAAUAAAAUCACCAGUUUUCCUUUUGUAAAUGAUGAAAUUAAAAGAAAUUUUACGAUACAUUCAUGGUUCAAAAUUAAUCAUCAAAAUACCACUUGCGAUGAACCAGUUACACUUUUCACCUUGACAAACUCCAACGGUGGAUCCGAAGUUCCUUCUUCAACUUCAUUAAGUGUUCAGUUAAUAAAUUAUAAUCAAUUUAUGGUUGAGAUUAAAAAUCAUCAAAAUGGAACGACAGAGCAAUUGACAUUUAAUCAUAUCCUUAAAAAUAACGAUAAUUCUGAUUCUGAUGAUACAGCAAAUAUAGCUUAUGCAAAUAACCAAGGCUACAUUCAAUUUGCUUUAACUUACGAUAACUAUGCGAAUAUCAGCUUGUUCAUAGAUGGAGAAUAUAGUGAGUCAAUUCCUUGCCCUGAUAUCCACAGAGUAAUCUCGUCAUGGAAUAAGCUCUACAUCGGAAGUGAAGCUUCUGAGGUAACUGACAGUUCAGAUGAAUUAUUUAUUAAGAAUCUAUCAAUUCUAAAUACAAGUCUCUCAUACGAAUGGAUAAAUUUGUUAUUCAAUCUUGGAUUGUCCUAUGAAUGGGACUUCAAGGAGUUUAACACUGACAAUCUUUUGAAUUUACUAAACCAUCUCAGUUAUAGAGGUUUGGUAAAUGUGGGUAUCAAACAAAGUGAGCUAAGAAAUCAAAGAAAAGAAUCAAAUAGACCUCAACAUACCAAUUUGUUUGGAAGCCAGAGUGGAAGUAAAUCGAAUAAUCACAAUGGAAGAAACUAUGAUUAUCAAAACAGAGACUCCAACAACUCUAAUAACUUCCGAAGUAACUUAUCGUCCUAUAUCAAGAAUAAUUUGCAAACAGACAAAUUAGGAAUUUUCGAUCGUAAUUUGAUUGUUAAAUCACUUUCCAAAUUGAGACAAGAAAAUAUACUAUUUGAUACAAGUGAUUUAUUUCAGACUUUCGAACAACAACAAAAGUUUCAAAAACUAUCUGUGCCGACAAGUGCCUCGCUUUCUUCGUUUAUUUAUCAUAAUUCACCUUCUGUCCAUGGUGCGCUCUACACCAUAGGUGGUGCCAGUUUAUUACUAAAAGUUGUGGAGACCUCUAUUGAAGUUUCAGAUGCAAAAUUAAGAGAUACAUUACUUUAUAAAGCGUUAAAUGUUUUAUUCAUAAUCUUAAAUAAUAAUUGGAGAUUAAGUAAAGAAUUUGAAAAUAUUAAUGGUUAUGGAAUACUUUCAAUUUUGUUAACGAAUUAUGCAGAAAAAUAUAACAAGAGUCUUACUUUCACUUUAUACGAAGAGUUUUUGGAUAACAAACUUGACACAUUAACAGGGUGCAGUGGAGUGAAUUUGUUAAAUAUGGUUUUGUCUCAUGCUGGUUAUGAUUUCAUCAGUCCAUACGAGUCUCUUAUUAUCAAUCCCCUCGGAUACAGAUUCUUAGUGCUCAAUUUUGACUUAUUUUAUGGAAGCGAUUCUUUUGAAUAUCUAUUAUAUCAUAUUCAAAUUUUGAUCCAAGGCUCAAAAUAUAGCGAGUUCAACAAGUUGGAGUUGCAUAAAAUGAAACUUCUUAAAAAGGUAAUUCAAUUCCUUAAAAGUUCAUCCAUGGUCUCAUCCGUUGCUUCGAAACAGCUCAAAGAACAAUUAUCUUUAACUUUAAGAAGUAUAAUAAUAUCAGAUCCAUCUGUAGAUACUAUAAAAUCGUUGGCAUUGUAUAUCAACUACGCCCUUUACAACACGGAUGCCUCUACUGAAUAUGGUAUAUUGGUAUUACAAACCCUCACUGAUUUCCUAUGUGAUCUGAAUUCUUCAAUUAAAACACUUAGAAAAUUCUCCAGAUCCAUCACCAUACAUUGGAUCUUACUUUUAUUUCAAUUCCAAUCAUCCAAAGAAGUAGCUAUAUGUGGAUUCAGAUUAUUAUCCAAGUUAUUGAAAAUCUUGGGUCCAGGAAUAAUCGGUAAAUUCUUCCAAGUGAACCAUGGAUUGGACAUCCUUACACAUUUCUUAAAGCAUUGGUGGGAAGAUGACGAAGUAUUGUCGUGUAUUUUCUUAUCAAGUGUUGGUAUAGAGGAAAAUACUUCAACUUUGAAAUCCAAAGAUGCAGUUAAUAGAGACUUAAGUUCCAUCCUUUCAAGCAAUUUGCCACUUAUUAAUCAAAUAGCUGUACCAGAGUUCUUGCUUCUACUUAACAAUUUAGUUUUGAAUUCUAUGUAUGUAUACAGUUUGAGAUCAGGGCAGUUACUAGGAAGUAAUCCUGCAUCUCCAACGAAGAACAAAGUGGAGGAAAACUUAACAUUGUCUUUAAAUGUUCUUCACUUAAUAAAUUCAUACAUAGACGCUGUAAGUUUAGGUUUUGAAAAGGUAACUGCUUUGAAGAAGUUUUUCAUGACCAAGUAUUAUUUGGAAGGUGUGACUGAGUUGUUGGGAUAUUUACAGUUAUCAUUGAGGUGGACAAACAACGAAACUACCCGAGCUAGUUUUAAAUCGACUUACGAGAAAUUAGUGUCUGUAAUUACUAGUUUUUUCAUUAGUAACUUAUCCGAAUCAAAUGUCACAGAAAUUUUGGAUAAGCUCAGCGACUUGACAAGAAAAAUGACACUUGAUAUUAUAUUUCCUGGAAUUUUUGAACAUGUUAAUCAAUUUGUCGAUAAUUCAAAAUUCAUUUUUAAUGAGAAGCAAUUUAUUGAUUCAGUAAUAGUUCUAUUACACUAUUACCAAGUUCAAUUCUUACAACAGCAUCAUUUUGUCAAACAAGAUGAUCUUGAUAAAUAUAUCACCUGUAUGUUAUCCAUUAUAGAGGUUGCAAAAGAUCACCACAAGGGUGUUGGAAACUUAAAGGUACAGUUGGGAGAUGUCAUCCUAUUAAAGGUCCUUAAAUUGGGCGAUGUCGAAGAUCCUGCUAAUUCUAAUGGAAUAAGCAACCUUAAUGAAACCUUAAAGUUGUUCCUUUAUAGACAGGUAACGCUUUUUGACAAUGAAGUGUUGGACGAGAAAAAGAUUAGUCAAUUGAUUAUAUUAGUCCUUGGAAUGUUUUUGAAAUCAGAUGCUGACGCACAAUCAUCUAUCAUUGAGAUUGCUUUCAGUUUCUUACGUGCUUGCUUUUUGAUCAACCAAGAGAGAAUUUCAAAGAUUGUGUCUUUGAUUGAUGCGGAUCAAAAGUUAUUGAAUGAAUUUUUCACAAAUUUAGUAUCAAAGAAUGAUACGGAAACUUCUUCAAGGCUACAAAAAUAUGCUCCAUUUACAAGAAGUAUAAACCAAAAUUACAACACUCUCAGAGUAAAAUAUAAACAUAUUGAAUUCGUGAAUGUGUCUGAAAUAAUAAAGCUUAUGUUGAACACAGGAGGAAAAUUAGGCCAAAUGAAUAGUAUUUACAUCAAGAGUUUUGAAAAAGAUUGUGAUCAAUUGAAAGCCCUGAUCAUAAAUGGGGAAUUGGUGAAAUACAACAGAUCAGUGCAAGAUCAUCUGGAAAAUGUUCAAUUCUUUAUUUCUAGUUACCAAUUAUUAAAAGUAGAGAUUUCUAGAUUAAUCGAAGAUCACUGGCAAGGUAAGGAUUACUUGUUAGAUUAUAUUGAAAACAAUGAUAGAAUGAGAAGAAGAAUGAUUCUUAGUGAUCAAGUUCCUGAUUCAGACAAACUUUCGUAUAACAUAAAUGUUCCACUUAAAGCUUUAGAUACUAUUAAACCAGAUCAUUUUGUUGAUUUACAAAAUUAUGACUAUGCAAUUGCAGCAAGUGGUAUUGAUACGUUGAGUUUAUCAUCAGGAUCUGCAAUCUUGAUGGACCAACCCGACGAUUCUUUUGAGAUAAUUGAGGAAGGUUCCGAGAAUGGCAUUGAUGAAUCCGACGCACAAAUAGCGUACGAGGAUAAAAAUAGAAAAGUUAUAAGAAGUUUAUACAUGGGUGAUGAAAUUGUUGCGCUUUGGAAUGUUAGUCAAGUUAAUGGAUUAGUUCCAAUAGAGAGUCUUAUGAUAUUAGGAAGUAAUCAUUUGUAUUUGAUUGAAAACUAUUUUCACAGUCAAGAUGGGAAUGUUAUCGAUGUUCAGGAUGCUCCUCCACAAUUACGUGAUCCAAUACUUCAGCUAGUCAAUUCACAAUCAAGUGCAAUAUUGAAAAGUGAUUCUAAAUCUCACAGAAACAAAAAUUGGAGUUUAAGUACUUUGAGUUGUAUAUCAAAGAGACAAUUUUUAUUAAGAGAUAUAGCAGUGGAAAUGUUUUUCACUGAUGGUGCAAGCAUUUUGAUAACCUGUUUAUCUAACAGAGAAAGGGAUAUAAUAUAUAAUAAGCUCCAUCUGUUUGCAUCCAACAAAGGGUUAGAUUCCGAUUUGACCCAAGCUUUACAAGCAUCUUCAUCAAAUUCCAGCAAUUCAUUAUUAAACAGUUCAACGUCAUUCUUGUCAUCAAGAUUUGUAUCGGCUUUUUCUCAGAAUGGAUUAUCACCUCAAUCGACAGCUUUUUUGGCAGCCACUAGAAAAUGGAGAAUGGGGGAGAUGUCAAAUUUCUAUUACUUGAUGAUUAUCAAUACUUUAGCUGGUAGAACUUUUAAUGAUUUGACUCAGUAUCCAGUAUUUCCAUGGGUCAUUGCAGAUUACACAAGUGACGUGUUAGAUUUAUCUAAUCAGAAGACAUUCCGUGACUUAUCAAAACCAAUGGGAGGUCAAACAGAAGCAAGAGCAAAAGAAUUUGAAGAGCGGUUUGAAGCAUUAGAUAGCUUUAAUGACAAUGAGAAUCCUGCAUUCCAUUACGGAACUCAUUAUUCUUCUGCAAUGAUUGUUACUUCAUUUUUGAUUAGACUAAAACCAUAUGUUCAAUCCUAUUUAUUAUUACAAGGUGGUAAGUUUGAUCAUGCUGAUAGAUUAUUUAACUCCAUCGAGAAAGCAUGGAUGUCUGCUUCAAGAGAUAAUACAACUGACGUGAGAGAGUUAACUCCAGAGUUCUUUUUCUUACCUGAAUUCUUGGUGAAUUCCAAUAAUUUUGAAUUUGGAACUUUACAAAAUGGAGGUUCUCCAAAUCAUGUUACUCUUCCGCCUUGGGCCAAAGGUGAUCCAAAGAUUUUCAUUGCCAAAAACAGAGAAGCUCUUGAGAGUUCAUAUGUAUCUGCUAACUUACAUUUAUGGAUUGAUUUAGUCUUUGGAUAUAAACAAAGUGGACCAGAAGCUGUUAAAGCUCUUAAUGUAUUCCAUCAUCUUUCCUACAACGGAGCUAUCAAUUUAGAUAAUAUUAAUGACGAGGUUGAAAAAAGAGCAGUUAUUGGAAUGAUUAACAAUUUUGGUCAAACUCCAAAACGAAUCUUUCAAAGACCCCAUCCAACUAAGGAAGUUUUAAAUUUACCUAAUUAUUAUCUUAAUUUAGUAGAAAAUGAAGAACAUCCUAGAUUGUUGUUUGAAUCUAAGUUGAAGUUACCAAUUGAAAAAUUAGAAUUAAGUCCUAAGAAUGUGAAGAAAUGGGUUGGUAGAGCUUCUUGUAUCACAUCUGAAGAUGAUCUUCUUAUCAGAAAAGCAAAUAAUUUGAAGUUUAACAGUGGAUCGUUGAUAAUUAAUGAUACAACGUUUUUGAAUAUUCAUAGAUGUAAUAUUACUAGCAUAUUACAAAUUGGACAUAAGUUAUUUUUAACAGGUUCAGAAGAUGGUAUUAUAAAUGUUUGGAAAUGUGAAGUUAAACCAACCACGUCGCUUCAAUUUCAAACUAUUUUAAGAGGUCAUACCAGUUCUAUCAUAUCCUUGAAGUUCAGUAAAAGUUAUAAAAUGGGUAUCAGUCUUGAUAACGAUGGAGUUGUUAUAGUAUGGGAUUUAGCUAGAUUUAAAUUCGUAAGAAAAAUCAUUUCUACAGUUAAAGAUGCUAUUAAAACUAUAAUUUCUAUAUCAAAUGAUACAGGUAAUAUUGCUAUUUUAAAUAUCACCGAGACAGAAAACAUCUUGAAUAUUUAUACCAUUAACGGAGAUCUCAUUUUAACAGAGAAAUUCCAAUUGAAUGGCAAACAGAUAACAGCGUUUAAUUUUGGUAGUAUAAAUGAUCCAAUGGUUGAUACAGGUAAGCAUCUGAUUCUGAACAAACAUACGCAUUGGUCAAAUGAAAUAUUUGCCAUUGCGGUUAGUAAAAGUAUUCAUAUUUAUGAACUAACCCCAUAUGCCGAUGAAGGAUGGGGUUUAAUUAAUUUAGAUUCAUUGGAAUUAGAAAAACAACUUGCGGGUGAUAUUACUGCCAUUGAAUUAUUCAAGUUUUCAGAAACCGACAGCGAAGACAGAUUAAGUAGAGGUCAAUUAAAGCUUAUUCUUGGCGAUUCUACCGGGAAAGUAUAUGGUUUAUAAUAGUUUACGAGCAUUAAUGAAUAUAGAUUUGUAUUAUAUAUAAAUAUAAUUCUUGUUGUAAGGCAUUCUCUCGUUAAUUUUGUGGGGUAUACCAAAUAGGGAAAAUUGCGAAAUAAU